CUUGUAUCAAACAAUGAUGAUAAUUCAAUAAUCAUUAUGUGUAAAAGAUGAUCAACAAUUUUAAAUGGAAAUUUUUUGCAUAUCAAUAAAAAUCAUCAUAAAAUGAUUGGUGGCAGUGGUGUUGGUGUUGGUAGUGGUGGUGUUGGUGGUGGUGGUGGUGGUGGUGACAACAUAUCAAACGAUAAACGAACGUUAAUAUCAUUAUUAAUGAUAAUGAUGAUAAUGGCCAUACAAUUAACUAACGGUAGUAGUGAACAACAUCGUAAUAGUAUUGGAACAUCAUCAUAUCGUCGUAGUCAACAACAAGCAUUAUAUCAUGCACCAUGUUCACCACAAAAUGAUUGUCCAUUUGAUAAUACACAAUGUAAUGUGAUUAGUAAAAAAUGUCAAUGUAAACAAAAUUUUAUACAAGUUGAUAGUUUUGUAAAUCGUUCAUAUAUAACACAUUUAGCAAUGACCUGUUUACAUUAUGCACAAAUUGAUGAACGUUGUAUAAGUGAUAUGCAAUGUUUAGUUGAUUAUAGUGAAUGUCAAUUAACAAUGGAAACAAUUGCUAAUGGUAUUAAUCGUACAAUACAUUUAUGUAAAUGUAUUGUUGGACAUGAGCUUAAAUAUGAUGAAACAACAGUGAUAAUUGAUGGACAAAAUUAUCGUUUAAGACCAAUAUGUGAUCCAGAUAAUGAUCGUUAUCAUCAUUCAUCAUCAUGGAUGAUAACAUUUAUUAUGAUUACCAUAUUGGUAUUAGUGAUAUUGAUCGGAACGUUUGUUUUAAUUGUACGUUAUCAACGAUUAAGACAACCAUAUAAUCAAUCAACAAUAACUAGUUUAACAUCACAAGAAAUGAAUUCAAAUCAAAUUGGACCAGGUCAAGGUGGUCAAGGUCAACAUCGACAUCAACAUCGACAUCAACAUCAUCAAAUGGGUUCAUCAAGUCCACCACCAAUGGGUUCAGCUGAAGCUGAAUUUCAAAAUGAUUUUAUACAAGUAUUUCCAAUGCAUCAUUUAGAACCAAUGCCAGAUAAAAAUGUUCAUGCAUAUAUUAUUAAAUAAAUUGGGAUGGGAUGGGCGAUUGUAUCGAUUUUCAUCGAUUUGAUGGAUCGAUGGUUGGGUGCAAUACCAUCAUCAUCAUCAGCGAAAAAUAAAAAAUGCACCAGAAAAAAAAGAGUAAAUUAUUCUUUUGGCUGGAGGAUUUUGUUUCAAUCAAGCAGCAGCAGCAGCGGCAACUAUAUCAUUAAAUUUUCAAUUCAACAACACCGACACACUACUAUUAAAAUUUGUCAGCUCCGAAAAAAAAAGAAUAUCUGUAUUUCGUCGAAACCGGUUGAAAAACGUUAUUUCACACAUUUUCACAUUUAACCCCGAUGGGAACAAAAAA